UCAGUAUACGUUCUUUGGCUGGACUGAACAGGAAGUCUGUCAAAACCGAUCCGUGCAGAAUUACUGUAAUAUUCUGAGUAGUGCUGUCUCUGGUUGUGCUCAUUUUUAUUUUGUAAAUUGUUAAAGUGGCUGAACGUAAGAAAACAUGGACAAUAUCGGGAACAGGCAUUUUUGCAAGGAUCGUUUCAGAUUUACAGUCAAGGAUAAUGCAUUUUGAAGAUGGUAUGUACAUUAAAGAUUACAUCCGGAUGAUGGCGUACAUGAUUGUGCUGUGUUUUACACUGGCAAUUUCUUUGUCAUUCUGGAUUCUGUCCAUAACUGCCAGCACUUACUAUGGUACAUUGCAGCCUGUAUCACCAUGGCGAUGGCUGUUUUCAGUCCUCAUCCCUCUUAUGAUCACCUUCAGAGCCUUCAGACGAAAGAGUCUUGAUCAUGGUGGUGCUAUAGGAGCAAUGCUGGUUGGCUUCAUUCUCACUAUGGCCAACAUGAGCUUUUUCACAACUUUGUUAACCUUUUUUGUGACAUCCAGCAAACUAACAAAAUGGAAGGGGGAAAUCAAAAAACAAAUCGACCCUGAAUACAAAGAAGGUGGCCAAAGGAACUGGGUGCAAGUAUUGUGUAAUGGUGGAGUGCCUACAGAACUGGCUCUACUCUAUAUGAUUGAAGCUGGCCCUGGUGAGAUACCUGUAGACUUUGGCAAGCAGUAUUCUGCUUCCUGGAUGUGCUUAUCACUAUUGGGAGCCCUUGCUUGCAGCACGGGGGACACCUGGGCUUCAGAGGUGGGUCCUGUGCUUAGUAAAAGCACACCCAGGCUCAUUACCACCUGGAGAGACGUCCCAACAGGUACCAAUGGAGGAGUGACUGUUGUUGGUCUAGUUGCUAGUUUAUUAGGUGGAGCUGCGGUGGGUGGAGCAUAUUACUUUACCCAGGUGCUAUUGGUUAAAGAGUUGCAUUUGGCAGUUUCACAGUGGCCAAUAAUCUUGUAUGGAGCUAUAGCAGGUCUGCUUGGAUCACUGCUGGAUUCAUUCCUUGGGGCAACCAUGCAGUUUUCAGGAUACGACGAAACCAUUGGAAAAGUUGUGAGUUAUGAGUCACCUAAUGUCAAACGAAUAAGUGGGAAACCCAUUCUGGAUAACAACGGAGUGAAUCUUUUCUCUUCCAUCCUCAUAGCUUUGUUCCUGCCUGGGUUUGCUUGGGUAUUCUGGCCUGGGCAGUGAAUUGUUUUAUUGUGCAUAAUGUAACUUUUAGGAUAAAAAGCAGUAUAUAUAAAACAACCAUUAUUAUCCACAAAAUUGUAAAAAUAAACAGAACAAUGAUGUAAACUCUUA